AUGGCGGACGAUGGGAUGCUUCUGAACUUUUCCAUUGGGGACUCAGUGCUCAAACCAGAGACAAAAUUCAGAGGUGGUUCAUGGAGGGAUCGUCUUUCAGCGAAAAAAGUCGCGCAGGGAAAGCGUGCUCCGCGCUCGAGGAAUUCGAGGUCAAAUGGCCAGCCAACUGGAGAAAAUAAUCCAAAUAAUGAGCGCCUCGGUCCGCGAGGAGAAUCCGGCCCUCGUCCGAACAAGAGGCAAAAAACCGAGGAUGAAGAUUUCCGUCCCUCCACAUCCGCAAAUAGAGAACCUCGCGAGGGUGCCCCCGGAAGAGGACCAAAGCCAAAGCAGAUUAUAUCGUCGCUUUUUUCGUUUAAUCCGACACCGAAAGAUGCUACAGAGGAGGAGGAUAAUAAGGGAGAGGGAGAGGAGGAACAAGCCAAGCCCUCAAAUGCCCCUCUCAUUGAUGGAAUUGAGGAUUUCACUGCCCUGGGUUUGGGCUCUACACUUGCUGCUCACCUUUUGACAAAGAUGGAGUUGAAGGCACCAACGGCAAUUCAAAAGGCAUCUAUACCGCAACUUUUAAAAGAAGACAGCGAUGCAUUCAUACAGGCCCAGACCGGGUCCGGAAAAACGCUUGCAUAUCUUCUACCACUGGUUGAAAGGAUUAUGGCCCUAAGGUACAAUGGCAAAUCUUUAUACGAGAGCAAAAAUAUGGAUGCUGUUCAUCGUGAUUCAGGCUUAUUUGCCAUUGUUCUUGCGCCAACGAGAGAACUUUGUAAGCAAAUAUCUGUCGUCCUAGAGAACCUUUUGCGAUGUGCGCAUUGGAUAGUCGCUGGCACAGUUAUCGGUGGCGAGAAAAAGAAGUCUGAGAAAGCCCGAUUACGGAAAGGUUUGAACAUCCUUGUCGCUACCCCAGGUCGGCUUGCCGAUCACUUGGAUAACACUCAAGUGCUGGAUGUAAGCAACGUCAGGUGGCUGGUGUUGGAUGAAGGUGAUCGUUUGAUGGAUCUUGGAUUUGAGGACGAGAUACAAGGGAUUAUGAAGAAGCUUGACACGCGGCAACGGCAGAGUUCUGUCGUUGGCUUGCCUGAGAAAAGAACGACCGUAUUAUGCUCCGCAACGUUGAAAAUGAAUGUACAGCGAUUAGGAGAAAUCAGUUUGAAGGAUGCAGUGUACAUAAAAGCUGAGCUAACGGACGAAGAUGGUAAGGAGGGCUCGGAAGGUGAAGAGGCUGCUUUUACAGUUCCUGCUCAACUUAAGCAGUCAUAUGUUGUCGCGGCGUCGAAACUUCGUUUGGUUACUCUUACAGCUCUAAUGAAGCGUACAUUUGCGCGCAAAGGAUCUGUCAUGAAGGCUAUAGUAUUUGUUUCAUGUGCCGACUCGGUUGAAUUCCAUUUCGAGGUUUUCACACGGAAAGAUUCGGGUGAUACGGACGCGAAAGCUGCUGAUUCAUCGGAAGAUGACAAGGAAGAAGAUGACGAAAAGGAAAACAGGGAUAAGAGCAAGGCAGCGCAACAUGGCACAAUUCGCCCAGCGACAGCAUUUUCCAAUCCUUCUAACCCUGUUACUAUAUACAAAUUGCAUGGAUCUCUGCAGCAAUACGUUCGCACAUCAACUCUGGGUGCGUUUGCUAAGAGCAAAGAGCCAGCUGUUCUCAUUUGCACCGAUGUCGCAUCUAGAGGUCUCGAUUUGCCAAAUGUCGACUUGGUUGUAGAAUACGAUCCUGCUUUCAGCUCCGACGAGCACUUGCAUCGAAUUGGCCGAACAGCGCGUCUCGGUCGUGAUGGUCGAGCAAUGGUCUUCCUUUUACCUGGAAGUGAGGAAAAUUAUGUUGAAAUUCUCAAGAAAGGAUACCGAGAUGGCGGGAAAGCCCUCACUCGCACAGACGCAAACGAGCUUUUGAAACGUGGGUUCGGUGGAAACACUGACGCUACAAGUCGUGGAUGGGAGGCGAAAGCCACAGAUUGGCAGCUUGAUGUCGAGCGUUGGUCAUUAGAAGAUCCACAGUCACUAGAGCUCGCUCGAAAAGCUUUCCAGUCCCAUAUCCGUGCAUAUGCCACCCACGUUGCCGCUGAAAGAAGCUAUUUCAACAUCAAAGAGCUUCAUCUAGGGCAUUUAGCUAAGGCAUUUGCUCUUCGGGACCGACCAUCCAAAAUUAAUGUUCCGGGUCUGAGGCAGACAAAGGACGACACUAGGAAAGACUUCAAAGCUGACAGACGAGUAUCCGGGAAAUCGGAGAGCAAUGCAAGUGACGACAAGAAGAGAAAGAAGCCCUCUUCAGGCGGCAGAGACAACGACGAUAACGACGAGAAGCCACGUCCCGCAAAUAGCGAUGAUGCAGCUCGCAAAAUGCGUUCCAAGAUGCGGGAGUUGGCUGGAGGCGGUGCUGGAGAGUUCAAUUUGGCAUGA